AUGAAGCUCGCUACUGGGCUUUUACUUACAGCCAUCGCCGUUACUGCUACUUUCACUACGGCUGGAUCUGUGAAGCUCUCAACCACUAACGCAUUUGUCAAUCAUGGCUUCACAAGUCUGCGUAGAGCCAACAAAGAUACUCCUACGUCAAAGUUUCACCGUCAACUCGCAGCUUCCGACGACCUUAACAUGCUUAAGGUAAAGAAGGUUAGCGAUUCAUAUGGGACGCCAAUUCCACUUGAAGGACUACUGCCACCUAAAUGUGCUGAUUCUAGUAACACGAGCGUCGCUUUUGUUCCCAAUUCGGGGCCUACCAUCAACCCGGACGAAUUGGCUGGCCUGGGCCCUCAAACGCCAUUAACCCUAAGCUCGCCAAAUUCGGUGGCAUGUCCUCCCACUUCCCCUACCACCAACCCGGACCACUUGGCUGGCCUGCGCCUGAACAACCCGCCGAACUUGCCAGAAACGCCGGAAUGUCCUCCCUCUUUGGUCACGUCAUCUGUUCCUAAAACUGUCACCGCUGAUCGAAACACGCUGAAUACGAUUGACCCCGAAACUUUGUAUGGGCUUGGCCCUCGCACGCCGCUCUCGCCGUGCCCGUCGGAUUGUCCUCCCUCUGAUUGCACGGCAUUUACUGGCACUGUUCCAUUCAACCCCACCAUGCCGAGCACGCCAUUCACACCGGACACUUUCCAGAGCAUAGGCCCUGAGGUUGUUCCUGGCAUGGAGAGCUAUGGCAAGAAUGAAAAGGCCAAGCAGGCCAUGGAUGAGUUUGUUAAACAAGAGGAGGUUAUUUGUAACGAGGAUUGCUCGAGUCAAGUUGUUUCGCAUGUGUGCGGUAGCGACGGUAUUAUGUACGACAAUUUGUGCGAGCUUCAAAACGCUAGCUGCAAAUCUCCUGAGAAGUGCAUUACGCAAGCCUCGGACCCAUCAACCUGCAAUCAAGUGUAG